AUGCCCUACUACUACCCCUACCCCUACCCCAUCCCGCACUACUUUCCCAUCGUACCCGUCUACCCAACCACAACAGUAACCUCAGUUUCCGCCCCCAUAAUCCAUCAAACACCAGGCUUCAAUCCACUUCAUGGACAAGAUCCCGGUCCUACACCUCCUGGCAUAGGUAAUCGCGUCGCGGGUUAUGUUACUGGUUUGGCGACAAUAGGUCCUCCGAUAGUGAGAGUUGCACCAAUAGUAGCAGUACCUCAACCGCAUACUUCGAAUGCGUGUGCAAAUUGUCGGAAUCAAGAUGCAAAUCCUACUGCAGCGAAUGCAACUGCCAGUCCUCCAACUCCAAUUCCAGAACCAAAACCUCCCGCCACCAAACCAAAAUCCAUUCUCAAACCAACACCAACACCAACUCCUGCUCCCGACCCAGCAUCUUCAUCUUCUUCGCCUCCUUCAUCUCCCACAAAGUCUAAGUCUAAAUCUAAACUCGAACCUCCGCUUAGUAUCCUCACCCAUGCAAAUACAAAUAAGAAUGCAAACCCCACUCCGAAGCCGGGAUGCUGA